UUGGGGCUCUCUCUCUCUCUCUCUCUGCCCCAUUUUGCAGUAACAACCCCAAAAAUGCAAGCUCUCAUUUCUCACUCUCUCUCUUCCCAACCCUCUCUCCUCUUCUCCACUACUCCUCCACCUCCCUCUUCCUCUUCCUCUUCCUCCUCCGCCCCACGCUUCCACCCCGCACCGCCUCGAUUCCCGAGCUCGCGCUUCUCCUCCUCCUGCUCAGCUCCAGUACGACGCCGUUCGAUUCGGCCUGUAAUCUCUUGCAUUGGCGAUGGCGGCGGAGGAAUGUCCGAGGUUUCGGAGUCGAAAGAAGCUGCGGAGGUUGGAGGAGGAGGAGGUGGAGAGCUGGAGAGUCAGAGUAUAUGGAACCAGAUGAAGGAGAUUGUCAUGUUUACUGGGCCGGCGACCGGGAUCUGGAUCAGCGGCCCGCUUAUGAGCCUCAUCGACACUGUCGUCGUCGGCCAGGGAAGCUCCAUUGAGCUCGCUGCUUUAGGUCCGGGAACUGUACUGUGUGAUAAUAUGAGCUACGUGUUCAUGUUUCUUUCGAUUGCUACUUCGAAUAUGGUCGCCACUUCGCUUGCGAGAGGGGAUAAAGAUGAAGUGCAACAUCACAUAUCCACCUUGCUCUUUGUUGCAUUGACCUGUGGCUUCUUAAUGCUUUUAUUUACAAGAUUUUUCGGCUCAUGGGCACUCACUGCUUUUACUGGAUCAAAGAACUUACAGAUUAUUCCAGCAGCAAAUACAUAUGUUCAGAUACGGAGUUUGGCAUGGCCUGCUGUUCUUGUUGGUUGGGUUACCCAGAGUGCAAGUCUUGGCAUGAAAGAUUCAUGGGGUCCUUUGAAGGCCUUAGCUGUAGCCAGUGCUAUUAAUGGCCUUGGUGAUAUACUGCUGUGCAGCGUUUUAGGCUAUGGUAUUGCUGGUGCAGCAUGGGCGACAAUGUUUUCACAGAUUGUUGCAGGAUACAUGAUGAUUGAAUCUCUGAACAAGAAAGGAUACAACUCUUAUGCUAUAUCUGUUCCCUCACCCAAAGAACUUCUAACUCUGAUUGGGCUUGCAGCUCCAGUGUUGGUUACAAUGAUAUCUAAGGUUGCUUUCUACUCUCUCAUUGUAUACUUUGCAACAUCAAUGGGCACAUAUACAACUGCUGCUCAUCAGGUCAUGAUUCAAACAUUCAUGAUCUGUACGGUGUGGGGAGAACCUCUUUCUCAAACGGCACAGUCAUUUAUGCCUGAGUUGAUAUAUGGAGUGAAUCGUAGUUUGCCCAAGGCUCGAAUGCUGCUCAAGUCCCUUGUCAUCAUUGGAGGAAUCCUUGGUCUGGUUUUAGGCAUUGUUGGAACAUCUAUUCCAUGGUUGUUUCCUAACAUGUAUACACCUGAUCAGAGGAUCAUACAAGAGAUGCAUAAACUACUGAUACCAUUUUUUCUGGCAUUGGCUGUGACACCCGCCAUUCUCAGCUUUGAGGGAACAUUGUUGGCUGGACGAGAUCUUAGAUUCAUUAGUCUAACAAUGAGUAGCUGCUGCUCUUUAGGCGCACUUCUAUUGCUGCUUGUGAGUAGCAGAGGAUGUGGUUUAGUAGGCUGCUGGUGGGUGCUGGUAUCAUUUCAAUGGGCUCGGCUUUUCCUCUCUUUACGACGCCUUAUAUCACCUGAUGGCAUACUCUACUCUGAAGAUAUGAGCCGGUACAAACUGGACGAACUCAGAGCUGUAUAGUUUAGGAGUCCCAGAGUGAUAAGAACAUAAGAUAGAUGGUAGCAUCUCGGCAAGGGGCAAAGUUCUUGUAAUUGCGUCUACCCUUGUACAAAGUAUCAAAAGAUGAGGUCGGCGCUAGUCCUUUAUAUUUGCAACAAGGCAGACAGCACCACCAAAUAUGGAGUCAAGAUCCAUUGAGCACUUGAAGACAGUAGAUGGGGUCAAGUAAUGGAUCUCAAGUAGCUGAUGGUCCUUUUUGGACCAAUUGUUUUAAAUUAAAAACUUGUAAUUGCUCUGUA